AUGUCAGACCAGAACAGCACCGAUGAUGGGGAGGCAGAUCCCCAGCACAGCUUGUACAUGCUCUUCCUGCUCGUGCUGGUCUUCUUCAUCAUGGGGCUUGUGGGCUUCCUGAUUUGCCAUGUCCUGAAGAAAAAGGGCUAUCGGUGCCGGACAUUUCGUGACGAGCUUGACCCUGACAACAAGGAGGUGUUGACAGAGCUCCAGGCCAAUGAAGAGGAGGAGCUGAAUGAGGACACAGUAGAGAAGAUUGUGAGAUGCAUCAUUCAGAAUGAAGCAAAUGUGGAAGCCCUGAAGGAAAUGCUGGGGGACAGUGAAGGGGAUGUCCAUGUGCCAGUGCCCAGCAGUCUUUGUCCUCAUCGUAAUAGCCAGGAUGGGGGCCCGCCACAUCACCACACAGUGCACCUGGGCUCCACACAGGCCCCGUGUAUUCACUGCAGCAAGAAGAAGAGGCAUGCUGUGCAUCGCCAGGGCAGAUCCAAGGAGGGCAAAGCCAGGAUGCAUCCUGGGGAGACAACUGUCUUCUCAGUCGGCAGGUUUCGGGUUACCCAUAUUGAGAAGAAGUCCAGUUUCCAGGAGCAGCAGGAUGAGCCCCUUCCUGAUGGCAGCAAGGGCCCUAGUCCUGAUGACUUAGAAUGUAAGGCCUGCAGUGGUGAAAAGCUCCAACAGGAGGGUCCUCAAAGUGGAAUUGUUCAAGUGGACGAUGUACAAAUUGGAGGAGUCCAAGAGGAAGGUUAUUCAAAUGCCCCAGGCCAAGGCCAGGGUUCUACAGAUGCACCAGCCAACUUGGAUGCUCACAAAAAUGGACCAGAGGGAAAGGGUGCUAGUAAGUCUGGCUCACUGAAGGAUGUUAGUCUCCAAAACAUUGCCCCCAAGAAUGAAAGUGACCAAAAGAAGCAUGAGGGCCUUCGGGUUCCUGGAAAGCAGAAUGCUGGAGACCCAGGAGACAGGAAAGAGUUGGUGAAGUGGGACAAAAGAAACACUGCCCUUCAGGAGAGCACUACACAAGGGGCAGGUAAUCAGACAUCAGAAAUUAAAGGAGCCCAUGGUCCGCAAGAAAGACCUAGAGCAGAUGUGUCUGGAAACGGAGAUGCCAACAGGAAAGAAACCAAAAUGGAGGACAUAGGGCAACAGCUCCUCUCUGCUCCUGGCUCCAGAUGCCAAGUGGAGAUGCAGACAACCUAAGAUGGCCUAGGGCAAAGAUGCAGCAGGUCUUUAAAAGGAACAGUGAUGGUGAACCUUAGUCCAGGAAAGCUAAACUGCGCUUGGCACGGCCACAGAGAUGUGAGGAUGCGCUGCUUUAUAAACAAGUGACUGCACUUGGCAACAAAUUCAUACCAUCAACAAGUUACCUGAGACUUACAACCCCUGCCCCCACUACACAACAGGCACCACAUGGAGCUGCAGAUGGAGACACAGUCUCUCGGCCCCAAAUUAGCCCCUUAAGGAGAACUUCAGCUCUUUCCUUCAGCCUGGUACCAUUGGGAUAAUACCAGCAGCAUAAUCCUGACUUACUGCACUGGGGCCUGUCCCAGCUCUGUAGCUUCUCUUCUACUACUGCAAGGGCAAUAGCAGCUUCCCCAUGCAGCCAGGGAGGAUGCCUGCUCAGAUCCAUGCCAUGGUCUGAGGGUGCAGCGCCACUUUGGGCCUUCUGCUUUGCCAACUAGUGCUUGAACAACUGUCUCAGUCAUAGGCCCUGGAAAACAGCCCUGCUUGACCUUGCAGCUGUGGUGCUGGGAUGCAGGCAGCUCCUUCAGGUCAGCUGCAGUUCUAAGAUUCAGAGAUGGCCCCAUGAAGGAAUAGCUGUAUUCUGUCCCAGCUUCUGCUAGUGUCUAAAUGACCUCCAGCAGCCCAGAGCCUGGCCCAGCUGUUACUGCCCUGUUCUAUGCUCUUGCCCAUAGCUAGCAAGUCCAAGUAGGACAGAGCUGGGCUAAUGGCAGGGUACGUGUAGAUGCAGUUUAUAACUGACCAGAUGCUGUGAAUCAGCUACUGGCACAGACUGUAUACACACAUGGCUGUGGCAGAGCAUAGGGAUCAGCUUCUGCUCAAGUUAAGGCAGUGAAGCUGGGCAUGCUGAAGCAGCCCAGGCAGGCUUAGUCUGUCUGCGUAGGUAUAGCUAUGUGGCACAACGUAGCACCAUGGCAAGACACCCAGGUUAGCUCUAGUGCAGCAAUCCACAUGAGCUCGUUUAUCCUGCUUUUUCAGUCAGGGCUAAUUAGGCUAGCGGAGUGCUGUGCUCAUCUAGCUUUGGUACCGGAACUAACUCCCAAACAGGGUAGGUUGGGGAUCUCUUCAUGGCCCUACAUUGUGCUGUGCAGACACCCUCUGCAUGUGCUCACAAGAACAAGUAGAACCAGACAGAUCACCACCUCCCACAGGGGCCCUGCCCAGGACCAUACAAGCUGAGGAUGGGCUGAGUCAGUCCUGAAGCAGCUCAAAACAAAGGACUGCAGUGACCUGGCCUCCAACUCUUCCUGUUCUAAACAGCAAUCAUUGCCCCUUGAUGCCAACUCACACAGAUGGGAACUUGCAAGGGUUCUGCCUAGGGCAGUCCAGCUCUGUGUCUCCACCUCAGGGAACCUCAUUAAUACCUGGGUGGGAGCAGGUUGAGGAAGCCCUGCUCUGGGAUUCCAAGAGGGGAAACAGCUUGCAAACAGGCAGGGCUUCUGACUUUAAGCAGCCUUCUCUCCCACACUAGCUAGGAGCUAGGGGCCAGAGCCUGAUUCUGGCAGCCAGCAAGAUAGAAGCAGCUGCCCUUGUAGUUCUAAGCCUGUACAUUCUAGUUCAGAGUCAGUUAUGACAUGGUCACUGGGGAGGCCCAGGUGCCCUCCCCUGCAGCUGCUGGUAGCUUUGGUGUUCAACUGCACUGUAAAUAGACAAGCUAAAACCAUUAAAGCUGCUGAACAUA